GACAAACCUGACUAACUACUGUGGCGUCUUGGUAAAGGAUUAUGUUUCGAUUAUCUAUGACGACUGGCGACAUGUACCUGAUAAAGUCAAAGAUGAGUUGUGGAAAUAUCUUCUGGAACUGUUUGUGCUAACUUCAAGGUCUAAGAAGCAAGUUUUUGCCACCAUGAGUGUUGCUUUGAGACAAUUCCGGUUUGAGUUACGGAAUGAUUUCAUCUUACAGCACAUGGAUGAUUUGACAAAGCUAAGAUACCCUCCUGAACGGUAUAAGCAUAUUCGCACUGAUGAGUGGAGAGUCUUUGUGAAGAAGACUUUCACAGAAGAGUUUCAAGUAAAGAGUCAAAGAGGAAAAGAUAUGAGGAAAAAGAACAAGUAUAACCAUCGUUUGGGUUCUACUGGUUAUGCAGGCUUACUCAAGAAGAAGGAAAAGGAGCUUGGAGCUAAUGUUGUGGACAUUGAUCGAGCGGAUACAUGGGUAUGGGGCCAUCAGGGCAAAGAUGGAGAAUUUGAUGAUGAAGUGAAAGCUAUUGUAGAAAAAAUAAAGGAGAUGAAAACUAAAGUAGAUGAAGGUUCCCUUGUGGCUAGCGGUGUGAAUGAUGUUAUGACACUUGCUCUUGGAAAAAAGCCAAAUGGUAGUCGAGUACAAGGAAUGGGGCACUUCAUUACCCCAUCUAUGUACUUUGACAUGCCAAAACCAUGCAUGUCUGAGAGGCAAAAAGAAAAAAGCAUUUGUGAAAAGAGAUAUGAGAUGAUGGUAGAACAACUUCGUGAUAUGAAAGCACAGUUGAGUUCCUACGCCGGUAGUGACAUUGGUAGUUGCAGUGUCGCAACGAAGUCCCCAAGUGGUGAAAUUGGAAAACGAAAGGU